GGCGAAGAAGACGUGCUGUCGUCGUUUCCGGUUGCGUCCCUGAAUUAUACUUCCAGUUACUGUUGUCGAAGGUAAGAUGUCGGGUACCGGGGGAGGGAAGCGCCCUCCGGGAGGGGACAGUCCUCCUGGGCCACCUGAGAAAAAGAGCAAGAAAGAGGAGAAAACCACCACGACUCUCAUUGAACCUAUCCGCAUAGCUGGAGUCUCCUCCACGGAGGAAAUGGACAUGAAGGUAAUGCAGUUUAAGAACAAGAAGCUCUGUGAACGCUUGGAGCAGAGGCAAGCGUUGGAAGAUGAGCUACGAGAGAAAAUUGAAAAGCUGGAGAAAAGACAAGCCACUGAUGACACCACCCUUCUGAUUGUCAAUCGGUACUGGUCCCAGUUGGAAGAAAGCGUGAAUGUUCUGCGCAAAUCUAUAGAGCCUGAAACGCCACCAGCGCCUGCUCCUGCCCCGCCCGCAGCGCCGCCCCCAGACACACCGAUGGAGGACAGUGGAGUCUGUCUGUCUUCACCAACCUCGGUGGUCGCUCCAGCACCGCCCCCAGAGGCCCACAGUGAAGAUUGGCAGACAGAUCAGCAACGUCAGCCAGAGGAGCGUCAAGAAGAUCACCAGGAUGAACCGCAGCCCCCUCCCCCAGCUGGAGCAGAGGAACUAGUGACACCAACUGAGUCGCCAUCAGAUUCAAAAGCAGAUCCAUCACCACCUCCUCCUCUAAGUGAGAAUGCAAAAGGAUUUUUGACCACGCUGGAGCAGAGCGGCGAGGAGGAGCUGUCCUUACACCUCCAGGAUCGCAUGCUGUUCAGCAAGGAGGCCAUAGGUCACUUGGUCCGUGUUUUUGACAGGCUACACAGUCGCAUUGAUGACAUGUGCAAGGCCAUCCAGGCUGCAGCAGGGGAGGAUGGUGGCCAAUCUGAGGCUAGUCUGAACCCCAGCCUGUUGGAGCAGAACAUUAGACUGAGAGAUCUGGCCACCCUUCUGCAGGGGCGACACCACAAGAUGUCCAUGGAGUACAAUGAGUGGGUGGACAAAGUGACGAGUGCAGAAACUAAAGUCUCUGAGAUGGAGACAACAGUGGAGGAUCUUCAGUGGGACAUUGAGAAGCUUCGGAACAGGGAGCAGAAGCUCAAUAAACACUUGGCCGAGGCCAUGGAGCAGCUUAAGUCUGGAUACAGCAGCACCGGCAGCUCUGGCGGCUUAGCUGGAGGACAGAUAACACUGAACAUUCAGAAGUUUGAGAGUCUAAAUGCAGAGCUAGAGCAUAACCAGGAGUUGGCUAAUAGUCGCAUGGCAGAGCUGGAAAAGCUGCAGCUGGAGCUCCAGGAGGCUGUGAGGGAGAGUGAGAAGCUCAAGAUGGACCUGCGUAAUAUUCCAGAAGAAGUUGUGAAAGAAACCUCAGAAUAUAAAUGUUUGCAGUCUCAGUUCUCGCUGCUCUACAAUGAAUCUCUUGGAGUUAAGACUCAGCUGGAUGAAGCGCGGGCUCUCCUGCUCACUACCAAAAAUGCUCAUCUCAGACAGAUCGAGCACAUGGAGAGUGACGAGCUGUCCCUGCAGAAGAAGCUGCGAACAGAGGUCAUCCAGCUAGAGGACACUUUGGCCCAAGUUCGCAAAGAAUAUGAGAUGCUUCGCAUAGAGUUUGAGCAGAAUCUCGCGGCAAAUGAACAAGCAGGACCAAUAAACAGGGAGAUGCGACACUUGAUCAGCAGCCUUCAAAACCACAACCUGCAACUGAAAGGUGACGUGCAGCGCUACAAGAGAAAACUACGGGAAACACAGAUGGAGAUCAAUAAGCUACGCUGUCAGAGUGGCGAUGCUGGGGUUCUGAUUCUAGAGGAGUCAACAAGCGACAGCAUUGAUGUUAAAAAGGAAGAGGACGAAGACCAGGAGGAAGAGGAAGAGAGGAGGAAGGAACUGGAGAGACAGCGGAUGCGGGAGAGGGAGAGGGAGAGAGAGAGAGAAGCAGAACGGGAACGAGAGAGGGAGCGUGAGAGAGAGCGACAGCGCAGCGACGACAGGAAGGACUCUGAUACUCUGAAGAUGCUCCGAGUUGAACUCAAGAAAGCUCAGGAGUCCCAGAAGGAGAUGAAGCUCCUGUUGGACAUGUAUAAAUCAGCUCCAAAGGAGCAAAGAGACAAAGUGCAGCUAAUGGCAGCUGAGCGCAAAUCGAAGGCAGAGGUGGAAGACCUGAGGAUGCGAGUGCGAGAACUGGAGGAGAGGGAGAGGAAAGAGAGCAAGAAGCUGGCUGAUGAGGAUGCCCUGAGGAAGAUCCGUGUGGCAGAAGAGACCAUCGAGCAUCUGCAAAAAAAACUUGCAGCCACCAAGCAGGAGGAGGAGGCCCUACUGAGCGAGAUGGAUGUAACCGGACAGGCUUUUGAGGACAUGCAGGAGCAGAACAGCAGGCUGUUGCAGCAGUUACGGGAGAAAGACGAUGCCAACUUUAAGCUGAUGAGUGAAAGGAUCAAAUCCAACCAGAUCUACAAGCUGCUGAAGGAGGAGAAAGAGGAGCUGGCUGACCAAGUUCUCACGUUCAAAACCCAGGUGGAUGCCCAGCUGCUUGUUGUGCAGAAGCUUGAAGAGAAAGAGGGAGUCCUGCAAACCACACUGGCUGCUUUGGAGAAGGAGCUGUCUGUCAGAACACAAGCGCUAGAACUCAACAAGAGGAAGGCAGUGGAGGCAGCACAGUUGGCAGAAGACCUGAAGGUGCAGCUGGAACACACGCAGGCCAAGCUGAAAGAGAUCCAGGUCUCUGUGGCUGAGAACCGCACCGCUCGGGAGAGGGAGAGCAGCAACCUUAAACGAGCUCAGGAGGAUCUGUCCCGGCUGAGGAGGAAGCUGGAGAAGCAGAAGAAGGUAGAGGUUUACUCUGAUGCAGAUGAGAUCCUACAGGAGGAGAUCAAUCAGUACAAGGCCAAGCUGCGUUGCCCCUGCUGCAACACAAGGGACAAGGAGACCGUCCUCACCAAAUGUUUCCAUGUCUUCUGCUAUGAGUGCCUGAAGAUGCGCUACGACACCCGACAGAGGAAGUGCCCCAAGUGUAACUGUGCCUUCGGAGCAAACGACUUCCACCGCAUCUACAUCACCUGAGUCAGACGGAAAAGAGAACAGAUCAUUGUAGAAACAGACAGAACCAAAGGAGAGAAGAAACGAGAGGAUAGAACUGCAGGUUUACUCGGAGAGAAGAACUUUUUAAAAUCUCUCUGGAAAGAGUUGUUUUUUUCCCACAGUUUUGCCAUUUGGUGACCAAACAUAGUGAUAUAUCUGACUGACAGUGAUGUGAGGUAGUUUAAUAAACACAUUUUUGAACAAAGUUAUGUUCUUCCAUGUCGGGGCUGCUCUGAGUUGUUUUUGUCUUUAGCUGAAUUAGUUGUUAUUCAUUUUCUCUUUUAACAAAAAGACAUGGGCCAACUUUUAAUGCUUUGUAAUAUGUUGGGGAAAAACUGAGCUUGUUGAUGUGUGUGUGUGAUCGUCAUAAAGUGUUUUUUGUUUGUAAUGCUGCUUUUUCAUCUCUGAAGCUGAAACCUAAACUUCUUAAUUAAAAGAAAGCCAUCCCUCACAGA